AUGACGCACGAUGUCGUCCAGUGUCUUCUCGAGGCUACCCCUGAACUUAUCAAAGCAAAAAUGGCAUCAGCGCAGGUUGUUCUCGGUCUUACUCCAUCAAUCCUCGCGACUCUCGGCACAAGCCCCCAGGAAACCGCUAUGCUCUCUGUGAUUGCCCGAAGACCACUGCUAGCAGGUUUUCUUGCAGCUGGAUCACCUGCAGUCUUUGCUCUCCGGUCAUUCGAAUAUGCCAGAGCUAUAGGGGACCUGCACGAUCGCAAUUUUUCAAGCCCCGCAUUUUUCAUCCGCCUCGAACCAAUCAUUGUCGUCCUAGAGUACCUUGCUGCUGCUGCAUCGAUAGGAAAUAUUGCCGAGCUGUGCUAUCGACUAGGAGCACAAGUUCUCACGGCUACAUUCACAGGCAAUGAAUAUACAUUUUUCCUCUGGGCCUUCCUUGGCUUCGUCAUCCAUGGAUUGGGAGCGCUGGCGCUUUACCUCAGAACGAAGGUCACAACUCUCAGGAGAGAUCAUGAGGGUGGCCACAAAUAUCGGCAUUGUGUGAACGCAGCCUUUAACCAGUUCAAGCCGAUGGCACAACAAACUCGGCUUCGCGUUGUAAUUCUCGAAGAAUCUCUGCUCUUCUUUGCCAUCUACUGGCUUACCAACGCACUGGCAGUAUGCCACAUCGUAUACGGCACAAUACUGUUUUCUGGUGUGCUGUUUAUUUCGGUGGACGAUGCUGUUAUUGUUAUCGUCCGGCUCAUGGCAAGUGUCAUGAUAUGUCGAGUUGUUCUGACUUAUGAGCUAGCCAACCUUCGAAGGGUCGUUGAGGGGAUUGAGAGGAAGACCAUCGUGGAGGACGCAGAUGCAGGGACUGCAGCAGAGGGCGAAUUAGCAAACGACUAG